CCCCUCCCCCCACACACAGUCCCUCCCCGUGGAGCCACGUCUCCGCUCGGCGACGGCUUCCGUCACAGGCCGCUGUUGAUACCAAUCUUUGGUUGAUACGAUGCUGCCGCUCGCCGCCGUCCUGUGUUAUGGUGGUCCCGGGUCUGCUGCUCGGGCCCGUCUGACCGUCCUUCUCUAACUGCCAGGGAGCGGUGACCAUCUUCCCUCUCGGGCGCGGGUUCCCCAGCGGCCUCCGUCCCGCCGAGCCAUGGCCGUCCCUGCCAAGAGCCUCCGCGUCAGCGACAUCCACGACACGGCGUCGCUCUUCGAGCGCUACAGCACCGAGGAGAUCCGGCAGGUGGAGCGGCGGGUCCGCUCCGAGAUCGAGCACAAAAAGGAAGAGCUACGACAGAUGGUGGGCGAGAGAUACCGCGACCUGAUCGAGGCGGCCGACACCAUCGCCGACAUGCGGCUGUGCGCCGACAAGGUGGUGUCGUCGGUGCAGGAGAUGUUCGAGUAUUGCACCAGGAUCAAGCCGAGUGCCGCCGGCAGAGCCGCCGCCCCCUCCGCCCGCCGCAACCAGGUUCAGCAGCAACCACAGGAGAAAUUCUACAGUAUGGCAGUGCAGAUUAAACUCCUCUUGACUAUGCCAGAGAAGAUUUGGAGUGCCUUAGAAUCAUCGCAUUAUCUCUAUGCUACUCAGAUGUACUUGUUAUGCUGCCACAUUCAUAGCAUCCUCCAACUGGACUCCUCACGUUCCCAUUACAGCCCUGUCCUGGCACGCUUUCCCAUCCUUGUACGACAAGUAACAGCAGGGCACUUCAGAUCGUCCAUUUUGCAUGAAAGUAAAACACUUCUUAAAGGCCGUGCAGUAUCAGACCAAGCUAUUGCAGAGGCUCUCUGUUCUAUUAUCCUACUGGAAGACAGCUCACCACGCCAAGCUCUCGCUGAUUUUCUUCUGGCUAGGAAAUCAGCGAUUCAACAGUUACUGAACCAACCACAGCAUGGAGCUGGUAUCAAGGCACAGGUGUGUUCAUUGGUUGAACUGCUAGCCACCACAAUGUAUCAGGCUCAAGCUGUAUUUUACACCCCAAGUCACGGAAAAGCACCAGAUUCUACACUAACCUGUGGCCUUCUCUUUACAACCUUGGAAUCCAUUACAAAUGAGUCUGCGGCAGAAAAGGGAAUCACAGUGUUAAAAGAAGAGGUGAAAUCUGAGAGUUGGUUCAAAUAUUUGCCUCCUUCCAUUGUGAAUUUUCAGCCAUCUCUAAGGACCCUUGCUCAUCCAAUAACCCAUGAUUAUUUGAGAGACACUCUUCAACAAUGGAUCAACAUGUGUAAGGAUGACAUAAAAAUGGGAAUUGGGAAUCUGCUGAUCUACGUGAAAACUAUGAAGGGUCUUGCUGCAAUCCGAGAUGCAGUAUGGGAACUCCUCACGAGUGAAUCAAUAUAUCAGAACUGGAAAACUGUUUGUUGCCGACUCUUGGAGAAGCCUUUCUCUUUCUGGGAAGAUUUUCUUCAGCAGCUCUUCCUUGACAGAUUACAGGCACUGACAAAAGAAGGUGUGGAAUCCAUCUCAAGCAGUUCCAAACAGCUCUUGAUUUCAGCUCUACAGGAGCUUCAGACCAAGAACACCAGAGCUACUACGAUUAAACCUGUUGAGUUUGAAUACAAUGUUGCUGCAUACCUUUGGUCAGAGAGCAAUAAUGAUCUUUUACCAGACACUGCCUGGGUCAGUGUUAAUAAUCGUAGUCACUUUGUAAAGAGUGGACUUUCUAUGAAGGCUCAAGCUCUUACACUUUGUGUUCAGAGUUUUUGUUCGGCACUUGAUUCCAAAUUAAAAGUUAAACUAGAUGAUUUAAUAAUGUAUCUUCCUCCAGCUGCUACUGCUGUAAAGGACAAUGUAAAUAGCUACUCAUCUUCGCAACUACAGAAUUCUGCAUUUGAUAGGUACGCUGAUAACGCUAAGGUGGAAGCCAUGCUGCAGACACAGUGCCUUUCCUGUGUACACUACAUUCUGAACUGCGUGAGAGCAGAGCUUAAAAUGGCAGAAGGGAGAUUGCAAAACUGUACUUACUCUCCCACUGAUUGUAAUCUCAACGCCGUCCUUUUUAUGGCCAGAUUAUGUCAGUCAAUAGGAGAACUCUGCCCUCAUCUCAAACAAUGCAUUUUGGGAAAGUCAAGUGGUAACGAUCUUGUAUGUGAGCUCCGUCCUGUUAAGAGGUUGGGCAAAGAGAAACUGCAAGAAGUGAAGCCAGCACAGGCUAAAUGGCAGGAAAUAAAGGAUCAGCUGUUGCAACAGAGCACGAGUGCUUAUGGAAUUUGGAACGCUGCCAUAUCAAAGGCUCUAGUUUCCCAUUUCACCAAAACAUUGCACUCUUGUACAACUGGAGCCAUUUUAUCCACAGCCACGAGCUGGGAUGAAAUUGAAAUUCAAGAGGAAACAGAGGCUGGGAAUAGUGUGACCUCCAAAAUUCGUCUUCCAGUGCAGCCUUCUUGGAAUGUUCAGUCACUUCUCUUUCAUUUAUGCCAAGAAAUAAAUCGGGUUGGAGGUCAUGCUCUUCCUAAGGUCACGCUUCAGGAGUUGCUGAAAGCUUGUUCGAAUGAGGUGCUUUCUGGUUAUGAAACUCUAUGUUCCAUGACCCCGGAUAAGGCUGAUUCCGUGUUCCCUUUAACUCAGAACAGAGCUUUGCAGCUGCUUUUUGAUCUGAGGUACCUUGUUUCAAUUUUAACAGUCAGAAUCGAUGAGGUGAAAAGCAGCAGGAAUCAGCAGGAACCAAGGGUUCAAAACGUGGUGGAUACUUUGGAGAGUUACAUUGAUCCAUUUGAUUUGGAUGUUUUUACUCCACAUCUUAACAACAAUCUGAGCAAGCUCUCUCAAAGGACUUCAGUGCUUUUUGGAUUAUUAACUGGCACAGAGAAACAAUACACCAGCAGAAGUACAAUAUUUAACUCCCAAGAACCUCAUAACAUCUUGCCAUUGGCUUCCAGUCAGAUCCGAUUUGGUUUACUGCCGCUUAGCAUGGCACGUUCCCGAAAGCCUAAGUCAACUACCCGAGCAAAUGAAGUUAAGAAACAGAUGCUUCCCAUGUUGACCGCGGAAGACGAAAGUAUGAAGCCGGGCGCCUUAUUUCAUCAGCUGGCUGCUUUUCAAGAUGAUGAGACAUCGUCAUCCUCAGCAUCAUCGCUCUUUAAAUUGGGUUGGCUAUCGAGUAUGACCAAGUGAUAAUGGCAGCUUUGAUAAUAACUGAUACAAACUUUGAUGUAGAUAUAAAUUAAUAAAUACAAAAAAAAUCAACUGCCAUUGACUGAAAAAGUGUAUCGAUGUCUAUAACGUACAAUUCUGAAUUGGUGGCCAGGAUUAAUUGCAGGAUUUUCAAUUGUAUCUGUUGGCAUAAUUAAAAUACAAUUUUUCUAUAAAAAGAUAUCCGCAUCA